ACCGUUAAUUGGGCUAUUAUGUGUUCUAUAUUUAAUAUUUCUAUCAAAGAAAGCCAAUAGAUUAAUGUCUAAUUUAAAUUAAAAUUCGUUUCGUGUAAAUACUGGCUCUGCGUUUGUUCAACCACAGGAAAUUCGCCUACACUAUCGCAUCGUCUGAAGCAGUGUAGCGGUAUCCAACAACCUGAAGCAACGGAUCAUUCGGAAUGUUGUGCCCGGGCAACAUUCUGUGUUAGCGCAGAUAGCAACUCUUGCCACAUAUCAUCGUAUAUAGAGAUUAUACGUGGUUUUCAACAUUCGUUUGAGACUUUUUCUGAUCAAUAUUUGUCGAAGUUGCCGACAGUUCGUCAACUCGCCAAAGUCACAGUGAAAGUAUACGGGACUUUUUGCAGUACAAAUUCAUCGGAUUGCAGAUCUGCUUUUGCUACAUCUACAAUAACAUCGUCAUAUUUUUUAUUGCUCAGGUACUCGAAUAUUUUAUAUAUUUUAUUUUGUACCUUCAAAUGCCUUAUAACUGUAAAGCCAAUAUGCCUAACAUGGCUGAUGAGGAACAAUCACCUUCUUCGCAACCUACAUAGUAUAAAGCAACGAAUUGCUUGUGAAGAAGUCGAUAGUGAUACGAAUGUUCUCGAAUAUCAAUUACAAAUUGUUGACUCCUAUUUUCAACAUAUUUGCGACGCUCAGAACAAUAUUGAAACUCUUUCUCCAUCAGAUAAAAUCCAUCAUUUCAACAAAAUCUAAAAUAUUUUCGUUAAUCAACCCCAGAAACCGCGUUUCUGAGUUGAACACUAGCAUGUUCAACGCAACGACAUUUGGAAAUACUAGUUAUCAUAACCGAUUGCCGUCGCUCAAAUUACCAAAAUUUUACGGCAAAUAUUUGGAAUAUAUACGCUUUUCCGCACCUUUUGCAACAUGGUGCACGAUGUUCCAACAAUGCCAAAGGUGGACAAAUUUAAUUAUCUUUUAAACUGUCUUUUAGGACCAGCCCUUGGCGUAAUCGAACCCUUUCAGGUAACCGAAGAAAAUUAUCCGAAGGCUAUACAACGGAUCAAAGAAUGAUACGACAAUAACGUAUUGAUUUUUCAAGACCACAUUAUAUCGCUUUUUAAUACUGCAGUUAUGAAAAGAUCUGACACUAUUGCAGCGCUGCGAGGUUCGUUACUCUUGUUGGGCUCAGAAAACGACAUAAUGAAUUCAAUGCUAAUUAAUAUCGUCUUAAUUUAAAUUGAUUCUGAUGCAAAAUCGGCAUACAAUCAAAACCAAGAGUUUAACUACAAUAUGCCAUCAUGUUACGAUUGCUACAAUUGGUUAAAUCGGAACUGUCAGUAUUUAGAAACUUGUUCAAACUGGGAAAACUCAAAGGUAACACAGCGAGAUUGUAAGCUACUCGCUAAAAUGCGUUUUGAUUGGGUGAAGCAAACAGGUGCUUGCAUCAAUUGCUUACGCAAAGGACACACAGUAUCUAAAUGCCCAACGAAAUCUCAUUGCCGUAUAUGUCAUCAAUCGCAUCACUCUCAUCUACAUUUCGCCACCGUUGGAGCUACGAAUUAUCCAUUUGUACACAAGUUAGAACCUAAAGAGAAAGACCAAACACCUGUGUCGUUUCCUUCGUCGAAUCCAUCGCAUCAUUCACCAACCAAUCCAUCAGUUUCACUCAUCGCAUGCACACGUAAAAGAGCGAUAAUACCAACAGCCCUAAUUUACAUACAGGACAAAUUUGGGGAGAUGCAGCCAGCUCGUGCGUUAUUGGAUUCAUGUUCCGAAUUAAAUUUCAUCACCGAAGAAACAGUGAAGCGGUUGCAGCUUAAAAGGUUUUUCUCACAUCAGAAAAUCUCAGGUAUUUCAGAUGUUCGUUCUAAUUCAAAGUAUGCAGUAAAUGCGAAAAUCAAAUCUCGUAUUGGAGAUUUUACUUGUAUAUCGCAAUUUGCGAUAACUAAACAGAUCACGCCACAAAUACCUAGUAGUUUUAUUAACAAUUCUAAAUGGGAUAUUGAUUUAAACAUUCAGCUUGCGGAUCCCUACUUCUACAAACUCUAAUGAAAAAUUCGUCAGAAUGGCCUGUAAGCAAGAAGGAAGCUAACAUUAAAAUCUAGGACAUGGAACAAUGAAAAAUAGUAAACCUCAAGUGUAGCAAAAGCAGCAACGAGGGAUGAAUGUUAUCAACGUCAUUAUCAACAGCUGGUCAUCGUACCACCGAUUAUUUCGCAUAGUUGCAUACAUUUUUCGAAUUGCUGUCAAUAAGCAACUUACACCAGCAAUGAUAAUUCAACUAACGGUAGAGGAACUUGAGCAGAAUUUGUGGAGAAUCAUCAUAGCUAUUCAACAAAUCGAAUUCGUGGAAGAAAUUGAAAGACUUCAAAAACCACAACAAGUUAAAUUGUUCAUACAUAUGGGUUAUAAAUGCCCGCGAAAUCGUAAAGAAAAUUUAUCGAAA